AUGAAGGCACUCACGAUCACCCCCAAAACACGCACCGUCGCCGUCCAGGACGUCCCGAAACCCGAUCCCAAGCCCCUUGAGAUCCUAAUCAAAGUCCACGCCGUGGCCCUGAACCACGUCGACGCCCUCUACACAAAAAAACCGAUAGCCUCCCAAGACUACCGUGUUGUUGGCAGCGACUUUGCCGGUGAAGUUGUCGCUGUCGGCGCAGACCUUGUCGGCGUUGAUGAUCAGCGCACCGAGGUCGGAGCGAGAGUUGCUGGGUUCGUUCAGGGAGCUUGCUCCGUCAACGAACGACCUGGCGCUUUUGCGGAGUACGUCGCGGUCGAGUACGAUCUGACAUGGGCCAUACCGACCACCGUGACCUACGAAGCUGCCGCCACGAUAAGCCUAUGUGGUCUCACUGCUGCUCAAGGCGUAUUCGCUCGUCUUCAGCUUCCCUGCCCCUUCUCCAGCACUAAAGGGUUUGAUCCGUCUCAAGCUGCGGACAACAACAAACCCAUCCACGUCCUCGUCUACGGCGCGACCUCAUCCUUGGGCUUGUACGCCGCCCAACUCAUCCGCUUGGCCGAAAGAACAUCCGGAAAGAAGAUCAAACUCAUCGGGACCGCGAGUGCCUCGAAGCAUGCCGUCCUCAAAGAGAAGCCGUACGAGUACGACGAGCUUGUUGAUUAUCACGACCCCGAAUGGCCCGAGAAAGUGCGUGGUAUUUCCGACGGCGGCGUCCAGUUUGCGGUCGACGCCGUUUCGCAAAGUCCGUCGGUGGAACUCGUUGAACAGACACUAGCAGAGGACGGCAAGUUCGCCGUAUUCAGGAGCCCGGCCAUCGGCGGCUUCGACCUGAACAAGUUGAAGAACAAGCCCGUCAUUGGAGCCGUCUGGGAGGGCUUGGGGGCGGAGAUUCAGUACCAGGGUGCAACCAUCCCGGCCAACCCCGUGGCUCGGAAGUUCACGACGGAGUUCUACAGCUUUCUCGGCUCCGAAGCCUCCUUGGGGAACGUGAAGUUGCAGCCGAACCCGGUGCGUCUGAUUCGGGGUGGGCUGGAAGAGAUCCCAUCUGAUGGGUUCGUGUUGUUGGAUCCGCGGGGUAGUGGAGGACAACGUCCCCUCAGCACCGAAAAGGCUGUGUUCACAAUCUAG